CGCCUCACAAUCAUGACACGUAACAUAGCUGCACUGCUAUCAUCCUCGGUUAUCACUUCACCAAAUAUAUAAUUUUAUGGCCAACCCUUCUCUUUAUUUUCAAUUCUCCUUCAGCAUCUUUUAUCUUAUUGAAUUAAACUUCGACAAUAGCCUUUUCCCUCCGUGGAUUGACAUUAACGUUAACCUUAAUAUGCGAGGUUAAAAUUGUGAUUUGAAAGGACAUGUCCUACCUGCUAAAUCUGUGCCAUUCAGGUCUCCAUAGUGUCAGAUCUAUCAUGCCAGAGUUCGUUCAGAGGCUGGUCAGUAGUCAGAGGAUUUAGCAACUGCUUAGAUUUAGCAAACUAAUGUUAGGAGCUAGUGAAGCUAGACGAAUUUGAGGGCACAUCUGUUGCUUGCGUAGAACAUUGUUUAGUAGGGUAGUAAUUUAGCAAUACAUACAUAUAACGUUAGCUAAAAUAGCUAGCCUAACGUUGACGUUACAUACUUAGUAACGUUAGCUGGCUAAUUUAGCAUAGCAAUCCACAUCCAUGCAAUGGCAGGAAACGUGAAAGACAAGGAGGCUUUUCAAAGACUGAACUUCCUGUAUCAGGCUGCACACUGUGUUUUGUCUCAAACCUCUGAGAAUGUGGAGUUAGCUCGUUUUUACUGCUUCACUCAGAAGACAAUCGCAAAACGUUUGGUACUGAGACAAGACCCCUCAGUGAAAAGAACAUUAUGUAAGAAGUGCUACUCUUUGCUGGUCCCAGGAGUAACUGCCACAGCCAGACAGAGAAGGACUAAGCAUAGAAACCGCAUGACUGUGCUGCGAUGUCUUCGCUGUGGGCAGUGCAAGAGGUUCCUAAACAAUCCGGAGCAUCGCCUGUGGGUGGACCAGCCUGAGGCUCAGCUGGAGAACCAAUCACAGCCAGAACAAGGUCCCUCCACUAAAGAGUUGAAGGAGAAAGUAGAUGGACCCAUAUCGCAGCUAUCCUCCACAGGGCCUUCCUCUACCUAGCACCAGGUGCCUCCAUCCAAGCCCAAAACCUAGCCCAUUCACAACUGGACAUAGCUGCUUUGUGUGGCACUGACACAUAUUUUUGAACUAUAUCAUAAAUGUUUGAAUAUGAUGAUUUUUGUUGUUGUUUCCAGUGACAACCUGUUACAUCAGUGGUAUGAUGUAACAGGUUGUCAUUGUAAUGGGAGAGGUUGAGGUUGGUUAAAAAUACAUUUGAUGUUUAGUCUACCUCAACGUGCUCACAGUGUACAGGAAGUUCAGGAACGACAACCAAUGUUAAAUGUCCUUUUCAUAAACAUUUAUUUUUAAUAUAUUUAUUACUUCUGUAAGAACACAGGCGAUAUGAGUUGUAACUUGUACUAUCAUAAAUGUACAGAUGUUCUACAGCCUACACCUUUUUUGUCAGUAACUUAAGGAGAGAAUAGGCUGUUGAAUAUAAUGCUCAGUGCAUUUUAUUUUACCUUUUUAUUUUACUAGGCAAGUCAGUUAAGAACAAAUUCUUAUUUUCAAUGACGGCCUAGGAACAGUGGGUUAACUGCCUGUUCAGGGGCAGAACGACAGAUUUGUACCUUGUCAGCUCGGGGGUUUGAACUUGCAACCUUUCGGUUACUAGUCCAAUGCUCUAACCACUAGGCUACCCUGGCGUCCCUAAUGAAAUAUCUUCUCCCAAUAGGAACGAAAUUGAGUAGUGUGUUCCUAAUGCACUCAUAUGUCCUAUAUUGCCUCAGUUGAGGUGGAUGAUGUCUUUCUUUCACUUUUUCUUUUCAUCUCCGUCCCCCUUUGGCACCUGUAUGUGGGUCUUCUGGGAAUACAGCAGAUUCUUUGCAAAAAUCCUGGGGAUGUGACCCAUGUACAGGAGAAGGGCCAGGGUCAUUCCUGAAAGAGGAUAUCUGUAUUACCAGCUUGAUAAGCAAUGAUGCCUCAUUGUUAUGCAUAAAGCCUGUUUCACACAUUACCUUUGGCAAUUA